AUGGACACAACCACAGGCAAAAAGGCAAGCGCGCCAGACCGGACCCUGGUGCCUCAGGGGAAGGAACCAGCGCAGUCACAUUCGCAGGCCGACGUUACCCCGGAGGAAGACUUCAUUGACGGUUCCAAACUCCCGAUAGAGCAGGCUGUCUUCACGUCAGCACCAAGUGUACCUCCACCAAUAACUCGCCGUCACGCCGUUCUCCUCCAAGUGCCGUUGAUAACAGGAACUAAGACAAAACAACUCACAGCCCAACACAAGUACGAGCAAUGGAAUUUCAAUGGCACUGUUCCUGGCCCGUUCAUCCGAGCUCGCGUCGGGGAUGUUGUGGAGAUAUCAUUGACGAACCGUGACAAAAGCGGUAAUCCGCAUAACAUCGACUCCCAUGCGAUUCUAGGGCCGGGAGGGGGUUCUGCGCUGACAACAGCAGAAGAAAGCCAGACCAAGACAGCGAGAUUUCGACUCCAUUGCCCUGGUCUUUUUAUAUACCAUUGUGCUGCAGCACCUGUCCAAGUGCAUAUUGCAAAUGGGAUGUAUGGCCUCAUGUAUGUGCAACCAGCCACAGGAGACCUUCCUCCAGUGGAUCGCGAGUACUAUGUGAUGCAGAGCGAGUUCUACCAUGAACCUCCCGAGAUUGAGGAUAAUGGAAAACCGUCGUCAACAGUGGAGUUUUCAUAUCCGAAUGCGCUCCGGGAGGAGCCAAGUGUCGUUGUAUUCAAUGGACACGAGGCCGCAUCGACGAGGGAUAAGCCCCUCAAAGCUUCCGUGGGUGAGAGGGUUCGAAUAUUUUUUGGGAACGCAGGGCCAAACCUUACAAGCUCAUUUCACGUUAUUGGGAGUAAUUUUGAGAAGGUCUACCGCGAUGGCGACGUCGUAAGUCCUCCUGGACAGUUUGUGCAGACUGUUAGUGUUCCUCCAGGUGGUUCCACAGUCGUCUACAUGAAGAUGCUGGUUCCUGGGACGUAUACACUCGUAGACCAUGCCUUAUUUCGCCUUGAGAAAGGUGCUGUGGGAUAUUUGAAUGUGACUGGGGAACCAAGACCUGAUAUAUACCAUAGUGAGGAGCCGCCUGCUCCUUGCGUCGGCUGCAAGUUACAUCCCUAG